UCAACCACUGGACAUCCACAAAAGCUGUGACGCACUGUACGAAGCUCACCACUUGCAGGGUGAGUCAAUUGAUAGUUUCGUGCUUCCCAACGGAUCUUCGAGGUUCGAAUUCAGUGCAGCGUAGCUUGCUGACCCAUUCAAAGGUAGCAAAGGGAACUUGGUCUGUGUUCGAUCCAUUUCUUCCAACAUACUUUAAGCGGAACGGACAGGGAAUAAGCGUACCAGCGCAAAAUCAAUAAAAAUGUCAAGUCCCAGUGAUGGUGAUGCUUGUCGAGCGGGUCGAUUUUUGGUAUUAAAUAAAUCGCUCUUUUCAAUUACCGACAAAGCCGUCAUGCUGAUUCCUGUUCUGUUAAUGAUGAUACAAUUUAACACUCCUACGGUCGAAGCACUGCGUUGUUACGCAUGUGGAUUAACGCAAACUUCCGGCGAUGUGAGGUGUGUAACCGAGCCACAAAGUGUUGAGGGACAGAGCGUAGUUACCUGUUCCAGAAAAUAUUGUACCAUCACGCGACAGGAAUUGGUGGAUCCGCCCGGUAAGCUGGUUACUUUCUUGCGAGGAUGUGAAGAAAGCCCACUGUAUCUGGACGAAGUCAUCGAGGAUCCAACUUUCAUCACCUACUACCGGUCCUGUACCACCGAUCUGUGCAACGAUGGUGACGCUCUCGGAUCCUCCGGGUCUGCCCUGACCGGGCUCAACGAGGGAGCGUCGGAUAAUUUGCUCGUCCCCGGAUUGCCCAGCAGCGGGGUUCAACCGGCGGCAACGACAUCUCCAUUACUGCUGAUCAUUAAAAUCACAUCACUGGCGAUAUCGGUGGCACGCAUCACAGCGUAGAGCUAUCGUUCUUCCUGCGCAAAAGGACACAACCGGCCUGAUAUUAAUGAGCUGCGGUGAAGAACUGAUGGAUAAAAGUUCGAUAUUCAUAAUCUACUUUCCGUUGCGUUGGCGUGUGUUCUGGUUGGGGACAUUCGCCGGUGGACAGUAAAGUUUAUUUACUUUACUGGAAGUUAGUAAAUAAAUAAUGCUCUUCGUCCAUAUGCCGCUAAAACA